AUGACAACCCGGCCCCCUCCCCCAGGCCCCCCUCAGCCCACUCCCCGCCGCCUGCCGCGAAACAUCGUGCCCGACGGUGGCGUGGCUGUGAGCACGGACAUCAAGGAGAACGUCCUGCAGCCCCACGUGGAGCUCCAGCUCAGCCUGCCCAGCGGCGCCCACACCACCAGCACCUUCGAUGGCAGGAAAGCUCUUAUGGACCUGCUUGUGGAGGUGUGUGGUCAGUACCACCUGAACCCGGCCUACCACACCCUGGAGCUGCUGUCAUCAGAGGGACAGCCUGUGGCCUUCAAGCCUAAUGCCUUCCUGGGCUCUCUGGAUGUAGCCUGUGCCCUCAUUAAGGAGCGUGUGGUGGAUGAGAAGCUAGUACGGAAGCCUGUGCCCAGAGUGCCAGAGAAAAGCGUCCGUCUGGUGGUGAACUAUCACCGCUCCCAGAAGACUGUGGUGCGAGUGAGCCCACUGGUCCCGCUGCACGCCCUGGUCCCGGUCAUCUGCCAGAAGUGUGAGUUUGACCCGGCCCACGUGCUCCUGCUCCGUGACAGCGUCAGUCGCCACGAGCUCGACCUGGACAAGUCCCUCUGCGACCUGGAGAUCCGCGAGCUCUACGCCUUUGACCAGAGCCUGGUUCUGCAGCCUAAAAUGGCCUCCGCUCCUGCCCUUAACUACGCAGAAUCCACCUGCUCCACCCAGAGUGUCGGUGCUGUGGAGAAGAAAGGUCUUCUGGGAUUCUUUAAGUUCAACCGCAGGAAAUCAAAGACUGACUCGCUCUCCUCCUCUGACAUGGAGGAGGUUGAUGGUGAUGGUCAUGUUGUUGAGAGUGCUGAGAAUGACCAUUAUGCCCUAUCAGGUGUGAGCACAAGUUUGGAGGCACGGCCUAGCACUCUCGGCCAAUCACAGUCAGUCAUGAACAUCAGCAAGAUGUCCCCCAAAGUGGAGCUGAAGAAGAGACGUGCGCCAGCCCCACCCCCCACCACACAUCAAAGCUACGACAGCCUAGGGAUGCAUGCAGGCUGUCCCUCCACUAGCAGCCUGCUGAAGAAGCGCAAGGCUCCCGCGCCCCCUCCCACCCCGGCUUCCCAUUCGCCCACCCCGACCCCGACCCCUCCGAUACGCAGUAGCCCUGACAAUGUCCCCAAGGCUGCCCCUCCGGCCUCCUCUGCCCAGGCCACAAUUUCCGUUGCUCGGCCGUCAGGAGGCGACUUUCGGCGUCCGGAGGUGAGCGGUGCCAGCGAGGAGUCGGAGCGCGCCGCCCUCUGCAGCUCCAGCAGCUCGCAGGCCGACUCGGUUCCCAGCAGCCACCUGGACGAGGUCGCCACCAGCAGCCAGGACGAAGAGUACGAGGAGGAGUAUGAGGAGGUGGACGAGGAGGAGGAGGAUCUGGAGGUGGACGAAAUGGAGAUGGAGCUGCAGGUGCUGCAGCAGCUGCAGCAGAGGUCACGGCAGCAGCUGUCCCAGCCGGUGGUGGUGGAGCGAUUGCAGCACCGGCAGCAACCGGCGCAACUGCAGAGCCAGGGCCUCCGAGAGCACCAGGCCUCGGAGCCCAAAGCGCAGACACAGACACCGAAGCCACAGACACCGCAGCCACAGUCGCCGCCGCCUGCACAAACGCAACCUCCUCAGCUGCCCCAGGGUCCAAAACAGCAGGAACAGCAGCAGUCGGAGGAACAGCUGCAGGACAGUGACCGCAGCACCACGAGCGCAGAAACCGGCUCCACCGUCAGCCUGAGGAUGGACGAGUCCGAGAGCAACAGGCAUAGCGCCAUAGACGUGGGGCGACAGGUGCCAGUCAAGCCCCGACGGACAUCGCUAGGAGACCAGACGUCACAGGCGGCCUCCGCCAGCCCAGCCCUCAUAGACCGCAACUCCCACAAUGCAUCACCAGACAGCUUCACAGAUAUGCCACAACACUCGUGGCUGCACUCAGCUCGUCCAACAGGGGGUGCUGAGGUUCCAGUGGACUCUGCGGAGACGGGCUCAGUAAGCAGUGGCAGUGGGAGCUUCGCCGAUCAGGGCUACGCAGAGGAGUCGUGCCCCCUGAGCUCGCCCUCUGACCUCACGCCACCCCGAGCCCCGCGUGACCUCUCCAGCGACAGCGACGAGGGAUGCGCCACCUGGAACUCCAGUACCAGUCAAGACUUGUACCGGAAGGGUCAGUCAGGCAAAAUAAAGGACAGCUAUGAGGAGGACCCCAAGCUGAUGGCUCAGCUGCAGCUGACACUGGCUGAUCUUGAUGCAGAACUUGCAGAAAUGAACCAGAGCAGUGAGUGUCCCUCUGAAGCUGAUGACGUGAUCCCUGUGUCUGUUGUCGACUUGGUACCCGUGACAACCAUCGGUGAGGUGUUGGACAUACAGCUGUCCAACAGUCAGAACAAGAACAACAACGCCACCUUGUGGCCGGAGCCUGCAUUGCAGCCACGUGUGUCAGUGGAGGUGAAGGGCUCCAGGAGCACACAGGAGGUCAAGCAGCCGGCCCCAGACUCAAAAGACAAGACGCUGAAAUCUGAGCCACCUCUCCGUGAGAGUAAAGCAGUGGGCUCAGCAACAGGGACCAAGCCUCCUUCUGCCAAGAACAGCUCAGUGGUGGCUCCUGCGAAGGCUCAGCCUGUUGGUGGUAGCCAGAGCAAUAGAGUGCCCCCUAGGGCUCUGGAGCGCAGCAAGAUCACCCAGAUGCCAGCCUCCCGUUUCGGCACCAAGACAUUCACCAUCGUCCCGACCAAAGUUGCCAUGCCUAGCAGCUCACAGAACCAGGGCUCGCUCACCCACGGCGCCAUCAAGAUCGAUGAGCGGGGCAACAUGGUCAAGGGGCAUGGUGUGCAACAGUGCGUGGGCACACCUGUGGCACAGGGUGAGAAGGAGGAAGCCGCCGUGUCUAGCAGCUCACAGACCCAGGGCUCGCUCACCCUCGGCGCCAUCAAGAUCGAUGAGCAGGGCAACAUGGUCAAGGGGCAUGGUGUGCGACAGUGCGUGGGCACACCUGUGGCACAGGGUGAGAAGGAGGAAGCCGUGCCGCUGCGCGAGAAAGCCAAAACCUUCUGGACAUCCACAGACAAGCAGGAAGCCACGACUGCCACAAAAGCAACAACAAAAGCAACAACAACAACAACAACCAAAACAAUAGUCAUCCCUCCGCCGGCCCCAGGCGGGGCCACGAGUAAACCUGCCGACAAGCGUCAGGCAGAGACAGCGGCCUGGAGCACUGUCUCUGGGAUAAACCAUUCCUCCACAGCCAAGGGUGGCAGCCAGGCCUCCCAGGGUCCGGAGAGCAGGCCUCCCAGCUCAGAGCCCACGGGUCCAGCCCAGAGGGCCACGCCGAGCGUCCAGGACCCCAGAGACCUGUCCUUCCUGAAGCCCCAGAGGCGGACGUCCAGUCAGUACAUGGCCACGGCCCUCAGCAAUAAGCUCACCGUGCGGCCUGCGGCCAGAGUAGACGGCAUUCAGGAGCAGCCUGAGCCUCCAGCCCAGAAACCUUUUAUAGAGGUACGAACGGCCACCACGGCCUCUUUUACCAGCGUUACAAUUAAGGAAUCCAGUGGCUCAUCCCAGGGGGGGGUAUCGAAGGAGAACGGUUCUGUUCCCAGCUGGACCGCUCUGAAAGGCCCGCAGGCCUACAAGAGUCAUACCUUCAACAAGCAGACUUCAGUUGAGCCGCCACGUCUUCUUAAGGAAGGUGCAGGGACGGUAUCUGAUGUGAACUCAGGGGUGGUCAACAGCAAGGCAAAGCUAACCACCCAUGAGGCUACUAACAGAUCCAGUGCGACUCACAACUCAUCCUCUGCCCAGCCGGAUCAGAACCCAGAGCCCUGGGCGGCCCCUGGAGUUCUGGCUGAGCCCAACCAGGUGAGCCCAUUCGGGCCGGUGAAGAAGUUCCGGCCGGUGAUCCAGAAGUCCGUGGAGAAGGAUACGUCUCUGCACAGCUCGCUGAUGCAGGCCAUCCAGUCAGGAGACAACAAGGAUCGCCUCAAGAGGGUGAACGAGGCGUCGGCUGGGAGUGGCCUGAAGAAGCCCGCCCUGGUGGAGGAGGAGAACACCCAGUCCGCCCUCCUCUCCGCCAUCAGGGCCAACAACUCCAACCGACUCAAGAAGACAAGGUCAGGGGCAGCCAGGGAGCUCGACCGCUUCAGAGCUACAGAGUCAGCAAGUGGCUGUCAGAACCAGACCUCUACUCUUCAACACACCUCACUUCCGUCAGCUCCCGCACCUGUGCCCACAGCUACCCCCCCACCCCCUCCUCCGCCCACAGCUGCCCCCCCUCCCCCCCGGGUGGUGCUGCCGUCAGUGGGGAACCCAGAACAGACCCGAGAGGCUCUACUGGAUGCCAUUCGCUCUGGGGCUGGGGCCAAAGGUCUGAAGAGGGUGCCUGUGGCCACUAAAACAGUGCUGGUGAACGGGAGACUGGGGACCAUGACCGCGUCCUGCUCACUCUCCCAGGGGCUUUAGACUGUGAGCCGUGGGAGUCUGGACACGCUGCAGGCACCAGACGGAGAGGAGGCCAGAUGACAGACAGACGCUGGUGCCCCCUGCCCUGAUGUCCGUCUGUGUUUAGUUUUUAUUUGUUAUUAUCUAUUCCGAAAUUUGCUGCUGCUAUAGAGUGCCAAGAAUCACCGCAAUAUCAUUAUUAUAUUCUUAUCUACAGUCUUAUUGUCAUUAUCAUCAUUCUUCUCAUUUGCCAGGCUAAAAUACUGAAUGUUGUGUAUGAGAUUCUUGACUUUUGUCCAUUAUCUGCAAAGCAGUGAGUUUUUUUUAAUGUUGUUGAAAAUACACCAGUUGCAUUUUAUAUUCUUAGUAAGAUACGAGACAGUGUAUGGCAACUCUGUUAUUGUGAUUGACCAACAUUCUUAGAACACUGGAUGCAACGUGGCAUCAAACAUUCCAGCACACACUAAGCAGGGCCCGACAGUUUUCAUAAAUGACACAGACAUUGAAUUCUAGACGUUGCUCAUGCGCAGGCAAUACCGGUAAGACCUCUGGAUACACCUUAAACAACUGACCAUUACAGUCCUCAGCCUAAAAUAUAUAUAUUUAAGUAUACUCUUUUGAUCCCGUGAGGGAAAUUUGGUCUCUGCAUUUAUCCCAAUCCGUGAAUUAGUGAAACACACAGU